AUGUCCACUCUGUAUGAAGAUGUGAACGGACGCAAUGUCACAUACUGCCCGGUGUCGGAGAUUUAUAAGAAGUACAUCUUGUCGCUGACCUAUGGGGUGGUCUUCAUGUUUGGUCUGGGGCUGAACGGAACACUGCUCUGUUUGUUGUGUGGGAGGACCAGGCGCUGGAGCUGCUCCCUCAUCUUCCUGGUGAACCUGGCGGUGGCUGAUCUGCUCUACGUUCUCACUCUGCCGCUGCUCCUCGUCAGCUACGCCAUGGAGGACAAAUGGCCCUUCGGGGACUUCGCCUGCAAGGCAGUGCGCUUCCUGUUCUACGCCAACCUGCACUGCAGCAUGAUGUUCCUCAUGUGCAUCAGCGUGCACCGCUUCCUGGGUGUGUGCUACCCCAUCAGGGCCAUGACUUACAAGACCAAGCGCACCGCCGUCCUCGUCUCGGCCUCCGUUUGGAUCUUGGUGGCAGUGGAAAUUCUGCCUACUUUUGCGUUUGCGCACACAGGGCUCAUCAGCAACAUCACAGUGUGCUUUGACAUGACCAGCCCUGGAGACUUCCACCGGUAUCUCCCUUACGGUUUGUUCCUCACCGUUAUUGGCUUCUUCAUCCCCCUGGUGGUAAUCUCCAUCUGCUGCUGCUCUAUGGUGAGAGCCCUCGUUGGGGGACAAUACAAUAUUCAGGUAGGGCAGCAGAUGCGCACCAAGUCUGCCCGCACCAUAGUAAUGGUAUGUCUACUCUUCGUCAUUUGUUUUGUGCCUUAUCACAUCACCAGAACGGUUUAUCUCCUUGUGCGCACAUAUCUAAUUAGCAACUGCCAAGUUCUCAACGGAGUCAUGUUGGCUUACAAAAUAUGGCGGCCAAUUGUGAGCUUUAACAGCUGCAUCAACCCAAUUCUCUACUUUACCUGCUCCAAUAGACAGCGGAGGGUGCUCUUCGGCCAGCUAUGCAAGAAGAAGGUGCACCCCUCCGUCUGUACCGUGCAAGCCUCUCCCCGCGAUGAGCAGCCGUACGCUCGAAGGGCCACACCAAGUGGGAAGAGUAUUCGUGAGGAGCUGCAGGGCAGUUAUCUAACAAUUAUUAAGAAGGAAGGGGCAGCUGUGCUCAGGUGA